AUGAGUUCCUGCAAUCAGACAAAAAUCACAGAGUUCGUUCUGUUGGGAAUACAAGGUUCUAUGGGUCUUAAAUACACACUUUUUGUUAUACUUUCUGUCACCUACAGUUUCACGAUAGUUGGAAACAUUCUAAUCAUUGUGCUGAUUUUGAGAAGUGACAAGCUUCAUACUCCGAUGUAUUUAUUUUUGUGUCAUUUAUCCUUUUCUGACAUCUUACUGUCUACAAACGUGGUUCCAUACCUGUUGUGUAUGCUGUUAGGUAAAUGUAAAACUAUGUUGGUGAGUUCUUGUCUUACACAAUACUUCUUUGGAUCCUCUUCAACGGUUUCUGAAUGUUUCCUCCUAACGGCAAUGUCCUACGAUCGAUACUUGGCCAUCUGUAGCCCAUUACACUACCACACUAUAAUGGGAAUGAAGGUUUGUUUCCACCUCGUUAUAUGGUCUUGGGCAGUUGGAUUUCUCCUUAAUCUGGCUUCUCUCAUUCCAAUGACUCAAAUGGAGUUCUGUGGUUGCAACAUCAUUGAUGACCUUUACUGUGACCAUGCGCCUCUCCUCCAUGCUUCCUGCUCCGAUACCUACAUCAUAGAACUGGAAACCAUGAUAUUUUCCAUACCUAUUGUGCUAUUUCCCUUCAUGUUUGUGAUUAUGACUUACCUUCGAAUCUUCUUUGCUAUCUCGAAGAUUUCCACCACCUCUGGAAGAAGGAAAGCCUUCUCCACCUGCAGUUCCCACAUCAUUGUUGUUGCAAUUUAUUAUGGAACCUUAAUUGCUAAAUACACAGCUCCUUCUUCAGGAAGUUCACUGAAUGUAAACAAAGUUAUCUCCCUCUUAUAUACUGCAUUUACCCCACUACUGAAUCCUGCUGUAUACAGCCUACGGAACCGUGAAAUAAGGGAAGCUAUGCGUAAAUGCAAAGAUGUUGCAUAAAGGGGGAACUAUAAUAGGUUUUGUUCAAUUUAUCUAUGGACAUUACAUUUUAAAAGAUAUUGUGAGUGAACUAAGCAUAAAAAUGUCUUCUUCAGGAUGCCUUUUCUUGGUCCUAAUGCCGCG